AUGGGGGUUAUUACAUCGGAGGAUAUUCCGUGUGGCCGAGAGUUUGGACCAUAUCCUGUGGGCCCAAGUAUUCUCGACCCUGGGGUAGGAAUCGCUUGGCGGACGCAGCAUUUUGUUGAAGAAGAGCACAAGAUUAAGAUAAACCCGGAUCUGGAACCAGAGACUUGGCUCCCACUUGUUCAGACUGCAAAAGACAUCCGAGACCAGAAUCUGGAAGCGUUACUACGAGAGGGAAGAGUAUAUUACAGAGUAAUCCGCCAUAUACCUGCGCUGGAGGAACUGCUAGUGUGGUAUGGAGAUGAAUUUGCUGCUGCUAUUGGUUUGAAGGACAUUAAAGAUGGACACAAUGUUACUAUAGAUGGUUCAUCAUAUUGCUGCCCAUACUGCAAGACAGAUAUUCGAAUGUAUCACAGUUUUCUGGCGCAUGUGGCAUUCCUAUGCCCACGACUCCAUGGGGAGCCAAGCGGCGACAAAAGAAAUAAAACUGACCAAGAUCUACAGAAAUUGGAUCAACGCGAUGGUAUGACCGCUGAAUCGCGCAAACGCAAACGAUCUGGAGGGGACGAAAACCAAAACACCAUUAAAAGGCGGUCACCUCACGAAGAGGGACAAAAAGAGACAUCACAUUGUCAAAUGAAGAAUGACGUCAUGGACGAUGAUGUUGAAGACGUUCAAGUGGGGCAUGGUUCUGGUAAGAGCGCUUUCAAGAGAGUCGAAAAGAAGAAUCCUGAUGUUGACAAUAUUGUAAAAUCGGAAAGUGCUGGUGGAUCGUUUCGAAGGAAGUCGCCACCUGGCGGAACAUUUGACCAAGAUGGUCACCCUAUACACGUUCCAAAACCCGUGACAAUGACUGUUAGCCACGCAUCAAGUAGUUACCUCUACACAAACAAUCCUUUCAUGUCUUUUCUCAGACGACCGAAUAUUCAAUCAGGCCAGGAGGGCGAACAAAGCGAAAAUUUUUACGGCAAAAUCGCUCAACUCUUUCCGCAAAAACUCUUUGAACUUGGUUCAGUGUUGCCAGCAAAUAAACCAGUGGAUCUGAGAACAAAUGUAACGCCGACUGUUUCAUCUAUUUGCGUGCAACCUACAUAUCCACAAUCAACAUCUUUAGAACAACGCGGGUCUAUUUUACCCAAACCAAACACCAACAUGAUCGAGAGACUUCUAAAUACUAACCCAUUACUUAAUGCAGCCAAUCCCUUCAUAGCGGCAACUCCCUUUAAUUUGACUCAGAAUUGGUGCGCAAAGUGCAAUGCCACUUUUCGAAUGACGAGCGAUUUGGUUUAUCACAUGAGAACACAUCAUAAAAAGGAAACAGACCAGGAGAAAAAGAAAAGAGGAGAUAAACUGCGUUGUAACGUUUGCAACGAGACGUUUCGAGAAAGGCAUCAUCUCACAAGGCACAUGACGUCACACCUGUAGCUAAAUUAAAACACUCGACUCUCUAAGGGGAUCAUAUUUAAUCUAUACAUCUAUACAGUGAAUUGUUAUCUGAUUGAAAAACAAAUACUUGGCCUUUUGUGUUGAAUAACGGCCAAUCCUGUAUUAUCAUUUUUGGCGAAUGUAAAUUGAAAGGAAAAUCAUUGUAUAGCCUAAUAUAUGCGAGUAACUGUUUGUGUAAUGUAGAUACCGUUUUGAUUAUCGUCUUUUUGAUAAUAUUUCUGGUCCAGUUGCUCUCUGGAUCUCAAAUGAGUGUACUUUCCCUAUUAUUUAACGCGGUCGCUUUCGCAGCAUCACGUAUUUCUGAGAAUUGUCAAGUAAACAUGUUUUGAAUUUAUAGGCAUAUUGCCAGCUUCAGCAUGAAGGGAUUUUAGCAGAUACGCCUGUGACAUCUACGAAGAAACGGCUGUAUAAGACUGUAUAUUGCAUAAUGAUGUCCUUGUUUAAUCACUGUUCAAAUGUAAAUUGCGUAAGUUCCGAGUAUUAACAAACACAAAAACAGUGAGCUUAUCUUAAUUAGAAGACCAAAAUUUCAGAUAAAUCUGUUAUCCAACUUCGAUGCAGGAGUGUUAUUGAUGUUAAAGAAAGCAUUACAUAAGGCAAUUGACUAUGUACAGCGUGUAUACAUGUGAACGUUUGAAGAAAGCAACGAUGUAAAAAAAUGGAUACAACGUAGACACACUGUAUGAGACUGUAUGUAAUGUUUGAUGUAAAAGUCUGCAUUGAAACAACCUAUAGGA